UCCCAGCCUGUGUAUGCGGCAGGUCGGGGCGGCCACACGGGGUCCCUGUCGGCCGGCUGCGGGGCUCCAGGGCUCGGCUAACGGGACCGGAGUUCGCUGACUGUGCUCGCCCGCUCGCCCGCCGGCGGCCAGUCGCCGCUGCCUGCCCCGCUAGCGGGAGGGAGACGCAAUGCUGUCCGGGGAACGCAGCACCAGCCUGUCCCGGCACAGCCUCAAUAUCCUCAUCAGCUCCCCCAAACGGAGACUCGCCCGGCUGGGCAGGAAACACAGCAACGGCUCCCUGCAGUCCAACUCGUCGGACGCCACGGUCAGGUCGAGUGAGAGCUUUGGGGUGCGGCAGCCGGCGCGGAGCCGGAUCAAGCGGCACAACCGUAACCUGGCCACGGUGUUCCGGGGCCGCGGCUCUAGGGAGGAGCGGGCGGGCGAGGAGGAGUGUGGAGGAGCAGCCACGGACGACCCCACCGAACUCUCCACCCAGGUCACCGCCCCCGGCGUGCUGAAGAUCUUCGGCGACAAGAUCUGUGCCGGUGCCAACUACAAGAGCGUGUUGGCGACGCCCUGCUCCAGUGCCCAGGAGCUGGUGAAGGAGGCACUUGACAGCCACGGGGAGCGGGAACGGAGGUCCAGCUCGGGUCGGUCAACCCUGCGGCAGCAUUGCCCACCCACAGGGCACUCGCACGCCCGUCCCAACAAGCUUCAGAUCACGGAUCACUCCACAGGGAUCAACGCCCAGGCUCGGCGGCUGCAGAUGACGCGGACGAGGGCAUCGUCCGCUCUGUCGGACGAGGAGAUCGAGAGCAGCUUUGCCCUGUGGCGCAGUGUGAGCGAACUCAACCUGUCGCUCAAGGCCAGGGAGAGGGCACGGAGUGGCAGGAGCCCGCGGACAGAGGCCAGAGAGCCAGGGCACCGGGACGUGGGCAGCGAGAGGGAGGAGACGGAGAGUAGUGACGACAACGCCACACAGUUCUCCAUUCACCCACCCCGUGACUCCCCGUACCUGCUGCUGCUGCUGCACGUAUCAGCUUCCACGGGCCCGGCCUUUGUGAAGGAGCUGCAGCCUGUUCCGCCUGUCUGCGUGUUGCAUCCUCCACCAGUGUUCCAAGCUUUCAGUAAAGGCUGUCUGGAACAGUUCACCCUGACCUGCAUGGAGAAGACGAAAGAGCUUGCAGCGAUACAGAGAGAGAGCAGUAAGUUGGGGCCUGGAGAGCGGGCGGGCGGGCGUGCGUGCGGGCGAGCGAGCGAGUGUGCGAGCAGGCGGGCAAGUGUGCAGGCCAGUGUGGGAGCAGGCGGGCGAGUGUGCAAGUGGGCGAGUGUGAGCAGUGUGGCGAGUGUGGGAGCAGGCGGGCAAGUGUGCAAGCAGCGGGCGAGUGUGCGAGCAGGUGUGGGCGAGUGUGAGCAGGUGGGGCGAGUGUGUGAGCAGGGUGGGCGUGUGGGAGCAGGUGGGCCAGUGUUGGAGCAGGUGGGCGAGUGUGAGCAGGUGGGCGAGUGUGCGAGCAGGUGGGCGAGUGUGAGCAGGUGUGGCAGGGUGUGCGGGCGUGGGAGCAGGCGGGCAAGUGUGCAAGCAGGUGGGCGAGUGUGCGAGCAGGUGGGCGAGUGUGGGAGCAGAGACCACAACAGGGACACGUCCUCCCAGGACACACUCUGUGUCGUGUUGUGUAAAGCAAUGUUUCCCUGUGUCGUUGUGGUGUGUGUCACUGUUGCCACUGAGCCUGUAGUGACGCUGCUGUUGUUUGCCGUUGCCAGUGCCAGUGCCGGUGAGGAUGGUGAGGGCACGGCUCCAGUCGGGAUGGCGGAGCUGAUCCCAGGCCUGCAGCCUCUGGUCUACUGGAUGGCCAACGCCAUCGAGCUGCUGCACUUUGUCCAACACGAGGUGCCUCAACUGCUGGCGUGGGAGCAGCACGUGGACAUGAGCGGUUGCCAGAGCGAGCAGCUACUGUCCACCAAGCUGGCCAGUGAAGAGGCCAUGACAGUGUUGGAGGAGGUCAUCAUGUUCACCUUCCAGCAGUCUGUGUACUACCUUACCAAGACCCUGUACACCGUGCUGCCUGCGCUGCUGGAUAGCAACCCCUUUGCUGCCAACUUGGCUCAGCUCAGCGUGCCUCAAGGGGUCAACAAGGUGCUGCUGGUCUUCCAGGACACACUCGGCCUGCUGAAGCAGUAUCAGGUUCACUCCGACAUCGCAUCCCAACUCCUCGCCUACCUCUUCUUUUUCACAAACGCCUCCCUAUUCAACGCCCUGAUGGAGCGAGGUUCAGGUGGAGGUUUCUACCAGUGGUCACGAGGUGUGCAGAUCCGGGCCAACCUGGACCUGCUGCUGGACUGGGUCCAGGGUGUGGGGCUCGGGGAGCUGGCCACUGACUUCUUUGUCAAGUUGUCGACAGCGGUCAACCUGCUGGCCACGCCCAAGGAGAACCUGCUGCAGGCCAGCUGGGCUUCUCUGCGGAGUGACUUUUGCAGCCUGAACGCGGCCCAGCUCCACCACAUGCUGCGGGAGUACAACCCCGGCCGUCCGUGCCCCCCAGUGUGGAGCCCCCCACCCGAGGACCAGCCGGCAGCAUUGACCACAGCGGACAUCCUGGAGAGCUUUGACAACCAUCCACCCCUGAUCCUGCCGUGCAGCACAUUUCACAUCGAGCUGGCCAAGCCCAUGGCAGAGUGGGCAGACCUGGCCUCACACCUCCAGCGGCUCACGAACUUUGUGCAGGGGCUGCAGCUGCCAGAAGACGCCAGUGCAGCCCACACCCAGCAGACUGCAGCAGCGGCAGCAGCAGCAGCGGCGGUGGUGGGAGAGGGCAGCAGCGAGUGUGCAGAUGUUGGCGAGGGUCUCGGAGACCCACCCUGCCCCCGGGAGCUGCAGCCCCCCUGUAGGGAGAAGGAUGUGAGGAUGGGUCGCUCCCUGUUCCGGGCCCAGGCCUCCGGCAGCCUGCGAUCCUGCCAGGCUGAGCUGGCACACAAGCUGAAGAACCUGCAGCUACAGAGCAGCCUCCCUGGGCAUCAGGAGCUGGGCCACAAGCUUGCUCUAGACCCAUCCUGCCUCCUCACCCCACCCAACACACCACAGGUGCUGGAGCUGGAGCUGGCUGAGUGUGAGGCAGAGGCCCAGUGCCCCGAGGCUGCUGGACACACGGCUAUUGGUGGCCGCACACAGCCAGGCCAUGGCCACCGGUCACAAGGAGAGGUGCCAGAAGACUGGAGGGUGGCAAAUGUUGUACCUCUAUUCAAGAACGGCUGCAGGGAAAAUGCUGGGAACUAUAGGCCGGUGAGCUUGGCAUCUGUAAUUGAUAGUCCCAGCCCCCAGCAGGACCAGACGGAUGAUGAGGUGUUCACUGUCCAAUUGGAGCGGGGAGAUCGUGGUCUGGGCCUGGCACUCGUGGAUGGACAGACCACGCCGCUGAACCUGAGUGGGAUCUACAUCAAGUCGCUGGUCCCGGGCUCCCCCGCUGCCCGGUGCGGGAGACUGAGGCUGGGAGACCGCAUCCUGGCUGUCAAUGGCAUCAGCCUGGUUGGCAUGGAUUACCAGAGUGGGCGUGAGCUGGUGCGUGUAGCCGGGGAGUCGCUGUGGCUGCUGGUGGCACGGACUGACAGACAGGCUGCGUUGAAGGUGCUAACCUCGAGCUGCUGAUGUGAUGCUGGGCUGGGGCUCCCAGUGAACGGUGUGGACACAGCUGCCCCAGCACCUGCACAACGCCACACACACGACCCCGUUACUGCCGUUACCCCGGGCACUGGGACAGGCGAGGGGUGGCACUUGUGGGAGAAGGCCUCCCCCCCCUGGGCUGUACCCCCUCUGGAGCCAGGACGCUGGGCCGGCUGCUUUGGAGACCAGUCGGUAACUACAAUGGAUUAACCCUGGAUCCUGAAGAUGAAGUUGGUGUUGGCUGGUUUGAAUGUUUAACGUUGUUGUAUAACGUUGUCAGUCUGGGUCACGACCAGCUCCAGCCUGCACUAAUCAAAUAAAGUAUUAUUGACCAGUUA